AUGGCGACGGCAGGAGGAGCCGCUGCAGCCAGCGGCGAGGACAAGAGCAACGGGGGCAAGAUCCCCGUACCCGUCUUCGAUGGCACGAGCAAGACCAUGAAGAAGUACCGCCGAGAGGUCGCCACCUGGCAGAUCGGGACCGAGGUCAAGCCGCCCAAGCAGGGAGCGCCCUUGCUGGCCAGCCUGAAGGGCAAGGCCGAGGAGGCGUGCGAGGAGCUCGACCUGGACGCCAUCAAGGGCGACGACUCGGUGGAGGUGUUCCUGGAAUACCUCGGGAAGCGCUUUCCCGAGAUCGAGGUGCUGGAGACCCCAGCGCUGCUGGAGACCUUCGUGCGCCCGGCCUGCGUCCGGCACAAGUACGAGGAGAUCCGCGACUACAACAACCGCUUCAACGGGAUCGCCACCAAGCUGAAGGCCAAGGGCAUCCAGGUGCCCGACGAGGUCUUGGCGGACCUGUACAUCAAGGGGGCCCGCCUGCCCCCGGAGCGCGCGGCGAGCGUGCUCAACGGUGUGGGCAACCAGUUCAACCCCACCAAGAUUCAGGAGCAGUUGAUGAUCAACUUGCCCAAAGUAUCGGUCGUGGACGGCAACAAGGACAGCCACGACAAAGGAGGCUACGGAGGUCACAAGAACAAGGACCACAAGCGGGCGUACGCCACGGAGACCUACGAGGAGGAUCGUAGGGCCGAGUUCGACGGCGCGUCCUCAGACAGCUCCGACGACUACGAGGACGAGCUGCCCGACGAGCUGCAGGACGCGAUCGACGAGGCGGAGGAGCAGGUAGCCUUCUUCACCAAGAAGAUGGUGCGCGCCAAGGACAAGCUGAAGGAGGCGAAGCAGGCGCGCGGCUACUUCGCCAAGCGAGACGGCGGCAACCCGCCGAAGAGAGACGAUCCCAAGAUCGCCAAGAUGAAGGCAAGGACACACUGCGGCGCAUGUGGCCGGAAGGGCCAUUGGCGCGGUGACCCGCAGUGCUCGAAGAAGAACGACCCGAACGCCAAGGCCGACAUCCCGAAGAAGGGAAGCAACAGGACGAACAUCGCCACGCACGAGACCAGUGACGCGCAGGAGCCUCACGUGGCGGAGAUGACGGUCGCGGCGGUCUACCAGCAGGACCAGCGGGCCGCAGCUCGCGACAGGAAGUACGGCGCGCUGCACAGCAUCGACGGGAUGCAGAUGCGCCAGGCCGCCGGGCUACCCGAAGAAGUUACGGCAGCGGCGUUCUUCAUCAAUAAGGACCACCAGUGCCUGAUGGCCGCGACGAGCUCGGCGCUUAUCUACCUCAGCGUCGAGGACCUGCUGAAGGAGUCGGGGGGCAAGCUGACCUUCGACACGGCUUGCACGCGGUGCGUCGGCGGCCUCGACUGGUACAACGACAUCAAGAAGAGGCUGGCCGCCUUCAACAUCCAGCCCAUCGAGUACCCCGAGAAGGAGCCGUUCCGGUUCGGGGCGUCGAAGGUGGUGUUCAGCCUCAAGGCGGCGCUGAUCCCCUGUUCGGUGAACGGCAAGGCCUUCACCGUCCGCAUGAACAUCGUGCGCAGCGCCGUGCCCGGACUGUUCAGCCGCAAGGCCCAGAGCGAGCUGGACACAGUCUACCACGCCGGAGACAACAAGCUGGACAUCAAGUCGAUCGACGAGCACGACAUCCAGAUGGGCCUGGGACGCGCCGGACACCCGACGCUGGACAUCACAGGCUUCACGCCGGGCUACAAGCCCGUUUCGGACGUCUCGGAUACCAAGGCCGAGAUUCGUUUCCACCCUUGCGCUUCUUACCACGCUGAGACAGCGGUGGCCAGCGCCGCCAAGCCGGUGGUGCCCGAGGCUCGCCACCAAAGGGUCGCCUCGGAGGCCGACGAGUCUCAGUCGGACACUGACUGCGACGCGCUCGAUAGCGCCGAACUGUUUGAGCAGCAGGUGCGCCAGGAGACGAGCCCGUGGAGCAGCAACCAGAACUUGCCGACGACGAGUACUGCCCGUCUCCCGGCGAUAUCCAGCAUGCGGAUGCCGGAGCUGCAGGCCGAGGUGGCAAGCUACGACUUGGAUGUGCGCGACGCCACGUGCGACCAGCUCCGGGUGAUCUUGCGUGCGCUGAGGGCCGAGGGCCGCGAGAGCACGCCGCAGGACGACUACAUCCCGGGGCUUGGCAAGAAGAACAAGGAGGAGCUCCAGCAGCUGUGCCGGGACCGCCAGAUCGAGUUCGACCAGCGCACGACCGUGCCGGAGCUCAGGCAGCGCCUCAAGGGCUGGAAGGUCGAGGACGCGGCCAGCAGUGCCUCGGCAACGGUGGCUCAUCCGAGCUCGCAGAUCACCGGGGCCGACAAGAUGCGCUUCGGCAAGUACCCCACGGCGGACUACCGCUGGGUGCUCAAGAACGACCUGGGCUACGCGCAGUGGGCGGUCCUGGAGCUCAACAGCAACCGGGCAAGCCCGCUCCUGGCGCGGUUUGCCAGGUGGGUCAAGGCGCACGGAGUGCAGCCCCUUCCCCCGGAGAAGGCCAAGACAACCUUGGAGGCAGUGAUGGCCGAGGAGGUGGUGCUGGACGACGAGUGGGUGGCGCCGGCGGCGACGACCACGAGGGCCUCAGGAAGCCAGGGGAGCUGGGCCGGGCAUCGGCGCCAGCGUCCUCCGGAGCCGCACGAGAUGGACACCAGCGACAUGGGCUUCGAAAAGGCGGGCGAGACCGACAGGGAGGAUCACCCGCGGCGGCCAGGCAUCAAGAAGGGCAAGCGCGUCGGCCUCCUCUACCAGGUCACGGGCUUGCUGAGCGCCUUCGCCUUUCAGACGGUGCUCACCGCGGACUGGCUGGCUAGACCUCUCAAGCCAGUGGCGCAGCAUGCUACGAGUGCUGCGCGAGACGUGGUCGACCACGUCCAGAACGUCAAGGAGGCCUACAGCGUUCGCAGCCACCGCGUGGACGUCAUGCAGGUGUUCGGAGGCGAAGGCGGCAUCACCGAGGCGGCGUGGAAGCGCCAGAUGACGGCCACAGAGGUGAUCGACCGCAAGUACGGAUGGGACUUACGCAAGCAGAAGGACCUCGACGCGACGUACGACCUGUACUACGCCUCGAGGCCGAAGUUCGUGUCAAUCGAGCUACCCUGCACCCACUACACGAACAUCACGCACCUCAACUUUCGGACGCCGCAGGCCAAGCAGGCGCUCCGGCGGAUCUGGAGGGCGGAGCGGCCGUUCUUUUUAUUGGCCCGCGACCUCUGCAAGUACCAGCUCGACUCUGGCGACAUGGCCAUGAUCGAGAACCCGGCCACCAGCCGGCUAUGGACACAGCGCGCGAGUUUGGAGCUACUGGCAGACGAGCGCGUGUACCAGGUGAGGUGCGACAUGUGCGAGUACGGAGCUCGACACUACAAGACGGGGGGACUCAUCAAGCACCCCACGAAGCCGCUCGUUACCCACAAGGAGUUCGAGCAGCUGAAGCGCACUUGCAGCCACAAGCACCACGACCAGACCUUCGGGGACAACGUGGCGGUGCGCAAGUCUGGCGUUUAUCCUGCUAAGUUCUGCCGAGCGGUGGUACGCAUCGUGGAGCAAGUUAUUCGCCAGCAAGGUGGGCAGCGCGCCUACCAGGUGGACUGUCAGUCGCACUCGUCGCCCUUCAUCGUGACAGUGCCCAGGGAGCAGGCCACCGCCUACGUGAACGACACCGCGCCCCUGGGAGAAACGGGCGAGCCUGAUGGGGGCCCAGACCCCAUGGGCGGCGGAGACGAUUUCGCCGACACUCACGACGUGCGGGCCGAAGAUACUGUGGACGGCAGGAUCGGGGUCGGCGCGAUUACCUUCACAAAGGAAGCAGCAGCCUGCUGCAAGCCAGCCGAGCUGGCCAUGCUCAAGAGACUCCAUGUCAACUUGGGCCAUCCGCCUAAUGAAGAUUUGGGACGCAGCUUGCGACUCAAAGGCGCUAAGUCGGCCACCGUCCAGGCCGUCAAGGGGCUGAUCUGCGGGGUGUGCCGCUCGCAGCAGCGCCCGAGCGCGAGGAGACCAGCGCACCUCCACUUCGUGCAAGAUUUUGGAGACGACGUCGGCUUCGACUGUUUCGAGCUCGAGGACGUCGACGGCAGCUACUGGUACUUCAGUAUCGUCGACCUGGCUACCACCUUCCACGUCGCGACGCUGAUCGGUCGCCACACCAGCCAGGAGUUCGCCGCCGCGUUCGAAAGCGAGCUGUUCCAGUCAUUCAACACGGUGCAGCUGCCCAUCGCCGGUCAGGCACAUUGGCAGCUCGGUCGCGUGGAACGCCAGGGAGCUUGGUGGAAGGACCUCGCGGCGAGGACGAUCGAGCACUCGUCGAUCAGGGGCGAGGACGAGAUGCGGCGAGCAGGCUUCAGCCCCGCGCAGCGGGUGCUGGGACGCGACCCCAAGAUGCCCGGAGACCUAGUGGACGAUACGGCCAACUACAGCGCCCACAGCCUCGCGGCCAACGACGAGAAGAUUCGCCGACGAUAUGCUAUUCGGACGGCGGCGCGCGAGUCGUUCAUGAGGAUGCAGAACGACGACCAGCUCCGGCGAGCUAUGUUGGCUCGCGCGCGCACGGUGGCGACGCCCUUGUCAGUGGGCGAGAUGUGCUACGUCUUCCGCCAGGUCAAGAAGAAGGGGCAGCGGGAGCAGCACAACCGCAACGCCAAGAAGGGCAUCUGGCGGGGGCCGCGCGUAGUCAUCGGCCACCAAGGUGAGAACACCUGGGUCUCAGCAGGAGGCCACACCAUGCCGGUGGCCCCGGAGCACAUCAGGGCACUCGCUCCGGACGACGUCUGGUUCCCGAACGGCAGGGGCGAGAUCGGCCAGGCCGUGGCCGAGCUCAACCGGGCUCGCGACUCGCUCGAACAGGAAGAGGCUCCGGUGGAAGACAUCCGCCCGGCGCCUGGCGAGCCCGAGGUCAAGCCAGACGAGAUGGAGCAGGCGUGGCGGGAAUUUAUCGACAACCCGGACGACAGCGACCUCAGGCUGAACGUCUCCGAGGAUCGGCCCCAGCAGGAGCAGAUCCAGGUGCUGCCCGCCGACGUGCCGCAGCAAGCUGAAGAAGAGCGAACCUACGGCCCUGACGAGUUCCGACGACGUCGAGCUACCUUCGACGGAGGGGGCAGCGGCGACUUCGGCCCGGCCUUCAAGCGCCUCCAGACCGAGAGGGGGCACGCAGGCUCUGGCGCCCUGCCCGCAAGGGCAACUUCGCGCGACCGCGCGGCGGCGCCCGAUCAAGAGGCAGCAGCCGGACCCGAAGCAGAAGGAGCCCGCCAACGUUCGAGGUCGGCUCCAAGACAAGUACUGCAAACCUCCAUCGUGACCGAGAGAAUCAAGCGCAAGCAGGCCGACAAGGAGAUCCACUGGAGGGCCAUCAAGGACUCCGAUCGGGAGCUCUUCAGGGAGGCGGCCGCCAAACAGUGGAGCGAGUGGCAGAAGUGUGGCUCUUGUCAGGUACUCUCCAUCGAGGAGUCCGAGGCGAUCAGGGGCAUGAUCAAGCCCAGCCUCAUCCUACCCAGCCGGUUCGUGUACCGGGACAAGAGCGCCCCGCUGCGGACCGACAAGCAUCCGCUGCCGGUCAAGGCGAGGGCCCGACUCUGCGUCGGGGGUCACAUGGACCCGCGCCUCGCUCAGGGCGACCUGCGGACGGACGCGCCCACGGUCACCCGCAACUCGACCAUGCUGUUCUUCACCAUCUGCCAGAGGUUCGACCUGGAGAUCUAUGCGGCGGACGUGGAGGCGGCUUUCAUGCAAGGCGACGAGCAGCCCGACCAGCAGCUGUACAUGGCCCAGCCUCGCGAAGGUCUGCCUGGGCUCAACCCGAAGCAGCUGAUCAAAAUCCUCAAGCACCCGCAACUGAUCACGAAGCGCCCGCUGGAGGUCGCAGUCGCGGGCACGCGCCCAAAGGCGGCCGCGCAAGCGCAGAAACCGCUGUACUGCGGCUACGACCAGCACGGGGAGCUCUGUGCGGUGGUGGUCGCCCACGUAGACGACUUGCUGCUGGGGAUCUCGCACAAGUGCCCGGGCCUCUACGACAGGCUUCACAAGCUGUUGCCCUGGGGCGACUGGCGAGGCUUGCAUCUUACCUUUUGCGGCAAGCAGGCCUGGCGAUAUCAAAAAGGAGUGCUACAUCUACGGCAGACCGAGUACGCGAACACCAUCGAGGAGAUUCCGCUCAGCAAGGAGCGCAAGACGGAACUGUCGUCAGAUGCUACGCCAACUGAGUUCUCGGACAACCGCUCCGCACUCGGAGCGCUCGGGUGGCUUUCAUCGCAGACUCGUCCCGACCUGGCAGCUGGAGUGGCCAUGGGGCAGCGAACCCAGAACAAGCCCACCAUCCAGGACUUGCUCGAGACGAACAGGCUCAUCAAGCUGGCGCGGAAGCACGCGGAUGUGGGUUUGGAGUUCCCUAAGUUACGUGGACCUCUGUGCCUGGUGAUGUUCCGCGACGCCAGGUGGGCCAACGCUGAUGAGCCAGCUGAAGGCGCCAUCUCCAAGUUGCUCGCGAAGACCGUGGGAGCAACCAGUAAGGACAAGAAUAUCAAGAUUCGCUCGCAGGCCGGCUACGUGACUUUUCUCGCAGUCACAGAUUGCGCCAGCUGGUACGAGACGAUGCACAAAGACGGUUAUUCCAAGCUCCCGUCAGAGCGGCGCCUUUUGCUCGACCUAGUGGGCCUCAAGGAGUCACUAGAAGAGGAAGUUAGCAACGAGUUCGUCGCUGACGAUCACCGCAGCCAACUACCUCUCUUUUGGGUUCCGACUGAUCAACAGCUAGGUGAUCAGUUCACCAAGCGAUCGGACGGCAGUGCCAUCAGGGCAGCGCUGCGAGACACACGCCUCGCUUUGCAGCAUCAAGAGCCGACUGACCAGGCCAGAGAGCAUGAGGCACACCUGACCAGUGCCGGCUCACUUUUCAAGCGCGCGGUGCGCCUGGUCUCAUUUUAG